AAGUCUUUAUAUAAACAUCUCAUUUCCCUUUUCCUUUCUUCACAUAUUAUUGUACUAUUCACCAUGGAAAAUUCCCAACAACCUCUUGCCACAGAGAGUUUUUCAUAUAGCUGGUUGUUGAACAGAAAACCUUCCAUUGAUGGCCUAACAGAAUCCCCUAGACCUUGUUAUAGUAGUGAUGAUGAUCAUGAUAAUGAUGAUGAAGAAGAUAUGAAGUUUAUCGCUUACUCGAAAAGAUUCCUAGAAGAAGCUCAAAACUUCAAUUUUGAUGUUCAUCCUGUUUCUGAAUCUGUCCAUGCUGAUGAAAUCUUCUCUGAUGGACACAUCAUGCCUCGAUAUCUUGAUAAAUCAAAGAUUGAAUCUUUUCGCGAAGCCUUCAAUAAUUUCAACAUAAAUUCAUCAGUACCCUCAAGUAGUACUCAUCCCACACCACGAGUUUCAGAUUCUACAACUAGUGAUCAAGCUGAUUUUCUUGAGAAAUGGAGGAAAUUUUCGCGCAGAGUCUUGGUUAAAUGGUUCGGAUUCAUCAGGCCAAUUUCCAAAAGGAUAUCAAGUUCAAGAAAAAGUACAGCAAAAGUUGAUGACCUUCAAAGAAAAGUAAGUGAAAUUCAAAGCUGCAAAACUACUGAUUAUUCUUCAUUUCAGGGAUCUCCUCCUCAUCGAAUAAUGAAAUCUCAUUCUGUUGUCGAUUGGGCUGGAAAUCGUAAUGAUCAGAGAAGUAGAGUUAAGACUUUGAGAAAGGUGAAAAGCUGGAGUAGUAUUAAGUCACCACAGGCUUAUAAUUCCCCUAUAAAAAGUCCAGCCUAUGAUCAUUCUAAUGAUGUUUGGCGCGAUAUGGAGAGCGCGGUUUCUGAUGCAAUUCUUCACUGUAAAAGAUCAUUUGGUAUGUUAACAGAGCCUGAUAUCAAUCUUGAUGAUCAUUUGGUAUGUUAA